AUGUACGGGGGAGAGGUUUACUGGACGGACUGGAGGACCAACACACUGGCCAAGGCCAAUAAGUGGACCGGUAACAACGUAACCGUGGUCCAGAGAACCAACACACAACCUUUUGACCUGCAGGUCUACCAUCCUUCCAGACAGCCCCAAGGUAAGACACACACACACACACCUGCUAACACACAUUCCUGCUAACACACUUUCAUGGCGUUUAAGAGAGGUUAGCUACUUUGCUUUCGGUCACCACAGUAUGACCUAGCCAGGCCUUACCUUGAAUGAUCUUGUGUGUUAAUGAGUGUCUAUCAAUAAGGCUUGGCCAUCCUGCUGCCAUUACUCUCUAGAGCGAGACCACAGUGUCCCGAGUCAGUGGCCAUUUGAUUGACAGUUUCUCUAAGUCCAUGUGUCAUUCAGGAGAGUAGUGGCAUCUGGCCUCCCCUGUCACAACCGCUCACCUCAAAAUGGCCACGCUCAGAAAACCAUCCAUUUAUGGAUGAGACAGAUAGGCCUGCUGCCUGAGUGGUAAGAGCUGUUUUAUAUGCACAUACUGGAUGACUUUAAUUGAUAUUUUCCUCCCUCGCCUUCUCUCUCCACCUCGCUUAUCCUUUCCUCACAUUUUCCUUCUCUCUUUCUCCUCGUCUCUCGCAUUCCAUUUCCUUGUGCCUCUCUACCAAUUCCUUUUCCCCCUCUCAUUCACUCUCCCUCCCCUCCCCUCCCCUUCUCUUCUCAUUUCUUUCUCUACCACCCUCCAUUUUCCUUGUGCUUACGCUCUACCUCUUUCUCUCUUUAUCACUGUCUCUAUCCCUGCUCUCCCUCCCCCUCUCUCUCGCUCUCUCUCUCCACAGCUCCUAACCCGUGUGCAGCUAACAAUGGGAUGGGUCCCUGUUCUCACCUGUGUCUCAUCAACUACAACCAGACCUUCUCCUGUGCCUGCCCUCACCUCAUGAAGCUGGGAGCCGACAAACACACCUGCUACGGUAAACACACCUUAACACACACACACACGUACACACACAAUCAAUCUUCCACCUGCAACAGCAAGGACAAACAAAACUGCUGCUCCUACACUCACGUCUCUUCCACCCCCACACACACUCUUCCUCCUCCCCUGAGCUGGCAGAUUGUCUCCUUCUCUUUGCUUGGCUUGGCAGAGAGAUGGAGUUGCUGAGAGUGACACAGUGGGAUUGAUAUUGUGUGUGUGUGUGUGUGUGAUGAUUCAGAGACGGGUCUGUUCUCCAGUACCCACGUACAGAGGUUUAUUCUCACCAAAGGGAAUCCAGAGGGAACACACACACACACACUCACACACAUCCACCAGAAACAUCCCUCAUGAGUUGGAUCACUCUACUCUACUGAUUCCCCCCAGCCAUGGCUUUGUGUCACAGUCCACACACACACAGGAUUAUCUCCUGGAUUCUGUCACUUGUGGCAUGGUGACGCCAAGAGAAUUUGAGUGGUUUAGGCCUCGUCUCUAAACUGAAAGAGUGUGUGUUUGCAUUUAGUAUUCAGGGGAGCAGUUUCUAUUAUCUGUGGCGUAAAGGAAUGGAGAGGCCCACUCUGUUUAAAGCUGGCAUCAGCCACAACUCUCCAUCAUUCACUACCUAGAAUAUACACACAUGCCUGGGCUAUCUGAUCUAGACUGGCUGAGAAGAGCCAAGUACAAUCAGUUAACACACACUCCUCACUCCUGACUACUUGUUAUUGUGGGGAAUUGUAUUAAGUGGACUCUUAAGUGGCAAAGACAUUUCACACAACCACACACAUGCACGCACGCACGCACACACACCAUCACAAUUGAACCCCUUUCCCCUCUCCUCCAGUCAGUUCCCGCUGUAUGUCCGUGCGAUCGGAUAAAAGCCAUACAUACACACCAUAACUCCCCAAACCCACCCAAUACUCACACUCUAUCCCAACCACCUCCCUAACUCCCUCCUUAAUAUAUAAUAUCAUUUCAUUCUCUCCCUAUCCAGAGUCCCGUCAGUUCCUGCUGUAUGCCCGUCAGAUAGAGAUCCGGGGAGUGGACAUAGACAACCCCUACUAUAACUACAUCAUCUCCUUCACCGUGCCAGACAUAGACAACGUGACUGUGGUGGACUAUGAUGCUCUGGAGCACCGUAUCUACUGGUCAGACGUCCGCACUCAGACCAUCAAGAGAGCCUUCAUCAACGGGACUGGAGUGGAGACCGUGGUGUCUGCUGGUAGGGAAAAUACUGUGGGAACAUGUAACCUACUUUGGUUGAAAUAUUUAAAUAGCUAGUUUAUACAGAAUGAAUGAAUGAGUCAAUCAAUCAGUCAAAACGGUCAUUGAAUUAGUUAGCAGUAAGGGGUAGUUCAUCCAAAUUAGAAACCUACAUAUUUGUGAGUCUCCUUGUCCAUAGACUGCUUACAGGAAACGCAUGUCAUUUUUGUAAUUUGGAUGAACUAUUCCUUUAAUGAAUAUGUAUAACUGUCUUCCCCUAGACCUGCCCAACGCCCAUGGUCUGGCAGUAGACUGGGUGUCUCGGAACCUGUUCUGGACCAGCUAUGAUGCCAAUAAGAAGCAGAUCAAUGUGGCCAGACUGGAUGGAUCCUUUAAGAACGCUGUCAUCCAGGGCCUGGAUAAACCCCACUGUCUGGUGCUGCACCCCAUACUGGGGUAGGUAGAGCGCGCGCACACACACACACACACACACACACACACACACGAUAAAGCUGUUUCACUGAGAUCAAUGCAGCUUUAAGAAAUGGCUGUCAGACACCCUACUGCUUUCACCUCUAACACACAUACAUGCAUACACACACACACACACUAUGAACACACAGAGAUCGUCUGACUGUCAGGCAGGCUCCCCACAGCUAGCAGUGUGCCAUGAUAGGCAGGGUAGUUUAGAUGGUGGCUGACCUCUAGCAAAGAGCAGCCAGCUCUCCCGCUCUAGAAGGGACUCCAAACCCUCUCUCAUCUCUCCCUUUUCAUCUAUCCCUUGUUCUCUCUCUCUCUUUCCUCUUUCUCAACAGAUGGCUUCUGUGCUGAAAGCCAUACAUUAUUUACACACUGUCACACACUGGCCCCUCUCUCGCUCGCAGUGUCUCAAUUUCUCUCGCUCUCUCGCUCUCUCAGCCUUCUCUUUCAAACAUACUCUUUCUCUCGCUCCCUCUCUCUCCUCAAUUUACUUCCCUCUUACUCUCUCCCUCUCUCAAUUUCUUUGUCUUUCUCUCUCUCUUAAUUUCUUAUUCUCUCUCUUACACACUCUUGCUCUCACCCUUUUCCCUCUAUCACUUUUUUUCUGUUUUGCUCUCUUUCUGUCUUUUUGUCUUUAAAGAGACAAAGGCUCAGCAGGCAUACACUUCUCCUAAGAUCACUAACAGACAUUUCUGGUGUUUGUGUGUUUCUCUCUGAGUGUGUGUGUGUGAGUGAGAGUGCUCCUCUUUGUCUAUGAGUGUGUUUGUGAGUAUGUGUGGGGCAGAUGCAGAGGGGAUAUUAUCUUUGAGAAUGCCUCUGCCUUUUUUGUCCUUUUUCUGUUUUCUGAGAGACUUACUUAAGCUGAGGAAUGUUUCCGAUCUGGGCUUAGCUGCUGGCAGGGGGGAAGAAGCAGAUGCUGAAGCUGUCUCCUCUUUCCUACACACACACACACACACACACACACACACACACACACAGACCCGCACACUGCCUAGAAUGAGUCCAGGAGAGGAGUGGGCCGGGGUAGGGGGAGAGACAGACAGACAUGAGACUGGAAGGUUUCAAUUGUUUUUAGGAACUGUAUUCAAAUGAAUGAUAACAAAACAAAUGCAGGGUGUGGUGGAGGAGAAGUAGGAGGAGAGGGGGGGUUAAGUACCUCCUUGAUUGAAAUAGUGACAUACAUGCUAAAGCAAUCACAAAUACACAUUUUUUAGACAGGAUUCACAUUCAAGUGUGUGUGUGUGUUGUCUUUGAUUGCAUACGUUUCUUUUUUUUGACAAACAAAAACAUACAUCGACAAAAACAAUAGACAAUAGAUUGGAAAGCUGCCGCGGUCAUCCCCCUCUUCAAAGGGGGUGACACUCUAGAUCCAAACUGCUACAGACCUAUAUCCAUCCUGCCCUUCCUUUCGAAAGUAUUUGAAAGCCAAGUCAACAAACAGAUCACCGACCAUUUCGAAUACCACCGUACCUUCUCCGCUAUGCAAUCCGGUUUCCGAGCUGGUCAUGGGUGCACUUCAGCCACGCUCAAGGUCCUAAACGAUAUUAUAACCGCGAUUGAUAAUAGACAGUACUGUGCAGCCGUCUUCAUCGACCUGGCCAAGGCUUUCGACUCUGUCAACCACCGCAUUCUUAUUGGCAGACUAAAUAGCCUUGGUUUCUCAAAUGACUGCCUCGCCUGGUUCACCAACUACUUCUCAGAUAGAGUUCAGUGUGUCAAAUCGGAGGGCCUGUUGUCUGGACCUAUGGCAGUCUCUAUGGGGGUGCCACAGGGUUCAAUUCUUGGGCCGACACUUUUCUCCGUGUAUAUCAAUGAUGUCGCUCUUGCUGCUGGUGACUCUCAGAUCCACCUCUACGCAGACGACACCAUUUUGUAUACAUCUGGCCCUUCAUUGGACACUGUGUUAACAAACCUCCAAACGAGCUUCAAUGCCAUACAACACUCCUUCAGUAGCCUCCAACUGCUCUUAAACACUAGUAAAACUAAAUGCAUGCUUUUCAAUCGAAUGCUGCUGGCACCCGCCCACCCGACUAGAAUCACCACUCUUGACGGGUCUGACCUAGAGUAUGUGGACAACUACAAAUACCUAGGUGUCUGGUUAGACUGUAAACUCUCCUUCCAGACUCACAUUAAGAAUCUCCAAUCCAAAGUUAAAUCUAGAAUCGGCUUCCUAUUUCGCAACAAAGCCUCCUUCACUCAUGCUGCCAAACAUGCCCUCGUAAAACUGACUAUCCUACCGAUCCUUGACUUCGGCGAUGUCAUUUACAAAAUAGCCUCCAACCCUCUACUCAGCAAAUUGGAUGUAGCCUAUCACAGUGCCAUCCGUUUUGUCUCCAAAGCCCCAUACGCUACCCACCACUGUGACCUGUACGCUCUUGUUGGCUGGUCCUCACUACAUGUUCGUCGUCAAACCCACUGGCUCCAGGCCAUCUAUAAAUCACUGCUAGGCAAAUCCCCGCCUUAUCUUAGCUCAUUGGUCACCAUAGCAGCACCCACCCGUAGUCUGCGCUCCAGCAGGUAUAUCUCACUGGUCAUUCCCAAAGCCAACACCUCCUUUGGCCGCCAUUCCUUCCAGUUCUCUGCUGCCAAUGACUGGAACGAAUUGCAAAAAUCUCUGAAGCUGGAGACUCUUAUCUCCCUCACUAACUUUAAGCAUCAGUUGUCAGAGCACCUUACCGAUCACUGCACCUGUACACAGCCCAUCUGAAAUUAGCCCACCCAACUACCUCAUCCCUAUAUUGUUAUUUAUUUUGCUCUUUUGCACCCCAGUAUCUCUAUUUGCACAUAAUCUCUUGCACAUCUAGCAUUCCAGUGUUAAUACUAUUGUAAUUAUUUUGCACUAUAGCCUAUUUAUUGCCUUACCUCCAUAACUUGCUACAUUUGCACACACUGUAUAUAUAUUUUCUGUUGUAUUUUUGACUUUAUGUUUUUUACCCAAUAUGUAACUCUGUGUUGUUUUUAUCGCACUGCUUUGCUUUAUCUUGGCCAGGUCGCAGUUGUAAAUGAGAACUUGUUCUCAACUGGCUUACCUGGUUAAAUAAAGGUGAAAUAAAAAUAAAUAAAUAAAUUAACAAAAGGCUUUUGAUAAAGUACGACUGGAAUUUAUAUAUAAAUGCCUGAAAUAUUUCAAUUUUGGAGAAUCUCUUAUACAAUGGGUUAAAGUUAUGUAUAGUAACCCUAGGUGUAAAACAGUACAUAAUGGCUACAGAAAGUAUUAAAUUGUAAAGAGGAGUAAUACAAAGUUGUCCACUAUCGACAUAUCUAUUUGUAAUUGCCAUUGAAAUGUUAGCUAUUAAAAUCAGAUCCAACAAUCAUAUCAAGGGGCUAGAAAUCCAGGGCUUAAAAACAAAGGUGUUAUUGUACGCUGAUGAUUCAUGUUUUGUUUAGUUUUAAAUCCACAAUUUGGAUCCCUCCAUAGCCUCAUAGAGGAUCUAGAUACUUUUUAUAACCUCUCUGGAUUACAACCAAAUUAUGAUAAGUGUACUAUAUUAUGUAUUAGAUCACAAAAAAUACAACUUUUACAUUACCGUGUAGUUUACCAAUUAGAAUGGUCUGAUGGUGAAGUGGACACACUCGGUAUUCAUAUCACGAAAUAAAUAAAUAAUCUCACUACAAUACAUUUUUAUAGAAAGUUAGCAAAAAUAGAUAAGAUCUUGCUACCAUGGAAAGGAAAAUACCUGUCUAUUUGUGGAAAAAUCAUAUCCCAGUUUCCCUAUUUGCUUAUGGCCUUGCCUACACCUAGCGACUUGUUUUAAAAUUAUGUGAGAGAAAAGAUAUUCCAUUUUAUUUGGAACGGCAAGCCAGACAAAAUUAAAAGGGCCUAUUUAUAUAAUGAAUAUGAAUUCGGAGGGAAGAAAUAAUUAAAUAUUAAAGCAUUAGACCUCUCACUAAAGGCUACAGUCAUACAAAAGUUAUACUUCAAUCCAAACUGGUUCUCUAGCAGAUUAGUAAAACAUUUCAAGAAUGUAAAAAAUAUAUGGAAAUGUCUGCUCUACUCAAAAUUACAACCAACUAAUUGCAGCAUUACCGCAACAAUGGAAGAGGCAAGUGGAAGGGGGAGAAAGUAAGGAACUUGUCUGUCGGCCCUGCAUUAAAGACCAAAAUUGGUUAAAGAAAAUUGUAAUAAAUAAAAAAGUGUACCAGUUUCAUUUAAGGACCAAAAAAUUGACAGCUGUGCCAAAUAGAUUGCAAAAUAGUUGGAAAGAGAUUUUCUAUGUACCUAUACACAAAACGACGCUGGAUUCAAAACUUCGAUUUUUAAAUUAUUAUACAAAAUUCUUGCAACCAAUAGAAUGUUAUAUAAUAUUAGGGGAUACAACCAUUCCAGCUCUGCAGAUUUUGCUGCGAAGAGACAGACUCAUUCAAUCAUUUGUUUUGGUACUGUCCAUAGCAUGUUUUUGGUCGCAGGUUCAGAAAUGGCUGAAGAAUUGCAACAUUUACCUGGAGCUAACUCUGCAAAUAGCACUGCUGGUGGUUUAAAAAGUCAUAGGCAAUCAAUCAAUAAUAUAAUAAUACUCUUAGCAAAAAUGUUUAUCUGUAAUUUACAAUCUGUAGACACUAUGAGAAUAGAAAGGUUCAGGACUUUUGUGAAACAUCAUAGCACAGUUGAAAAAUAUAUGGCAAAUAGAAAACUGGAUAGUGUUAAGAGAUAGAUGGGAGGGUUUAAGUAGGCCUGAAGGGUGGGACUAACAAGAUAACUAAUGUAAAAUAUACUGUGUCGGUAAAAGGUUCAGAACAUUUGUGAAACAGCACAGUUGAAAAAUAUAUAGCAAAUAGAAAUCAAAACUGGAUGGUCUUCAGAGAUAGAUGGGAGGGGUUGAGGGUAGCUGAAGGAUGGAACUAAAAACAAACAAAAGAUAACAAUUAUAAAAUAUACUGUGUCCGUAAAAUGUAUAUAGUGUGUAUAAGCUGGAAGUUGAAGCCUAGGUGUUGUCGGUUAGUUUACCCCAAUUAGGGGAGGGGUGGUAGGGUUAGGGGAAAAUAAUAAAGGAAAAUAUAUUUAAAACGAUAUAUAUUUGAUAUAUAGUCUACCAGUCAAAAGUUUGGACACCUACUCAUUCAAGGGUUUUUCUUUAUUUUUACUACUUUGUACAUUGUAGAAUAAUAGUGAAGACAUCAAAACUAUGAAAUAACACAUAUGGAAUGAUGUAGUAACCAGAAAAGUGUUAAAGAAAUGAAAAUAUACUUCAAAUACCCACCCUUUGCCUUGAUGACAGCUUUGCACACUCUUGGCAUUCUCUCAAACAGCUUCACCUGUCUAUAGCCAGGUUUUUUUCAAUAUUAAAAUAAUAAAGCAUUAGAUUCUCUUAACUUUGAGAGAGAGAGAGAGAGAGAGAGAGAGAGAGAUUAAAACACAGGGUACAUUUUUACAUAGAUUGUAAACUAGAUGUAUAACUACAUACAUUUACAUCUGUCAAGGAGAUGUUCAGUAGAUAUACAGUCAUUAUGGGACCUCCAAAUGUAUAGCUAUGAUGAUGGUUUUGCUAGUUUUGAACAAUUUCUUUCUCACUUAAAAAAAUAUGUAUGAACGUUGUUAUGGGUGUUGUCUAAUUGUGUGUGUGAAAAAACGUAAUAAAUAGUUUUCAUAAAUUGUUUGGAUGAUAAUAGGUUAGGUGCUAUCCAGGUUAACGAACAACAGGUCUUGUCAUUUCUAGUGCUUUCAGUAGCAUGAUGUAUUGACAUUCUGUCUCUCUCUCUCUGUAUUCCAGGAAACUGUACUGGACAGAUGGAGACAACAUCAGCAUGGCCAACACAGAUGGCAGCAACCGCAGUGUCCUCUUCACCAAUCAGAAAGGCCCAGUGGGUGAGUGGCUCUGGGGGGAAAAAAUGGUGCACUUUAUAUAAGGAAUAGAUUGCCAUUUGGGAUACAGCCAUAAUGUUCCUCCGUCUCUCUGUCUGUCUCCAGGUCUGUCCAUAGACUUUGACACAGAGCAGUUGUACUGGAUCAGCUCAGGGAACAGCACCAUCAGCCGCUGUAAGCUGGACGGUUUGGGUCUGGAGGUUCUGGAGGGGGUCAAGGGCAAACUGACCAAGGCCACAGCUCUGGCCAUCAUGGGUACAUAACAUGGCUCCGCUCUUACUAGGACUGUACAUUCUGCCUUCUAGCUGCUUUUAGUUUUCUAUCUCGAAGAGUUUGAAUACUCAGAAAUUGAGCUACAGUAGGUCUCAACAUCGGUUCUUUGUGUGAUCAUAGUAUGAGUAUGAUGGGUCAUUUUCAAAUAGUCAUUUUGUGAUUGGUUGCUGUGUGUAGGGGACAAGCUAUGGUGGGCGGACCAGGGCACUGACCAGAUAGGAACCUGUGACAAGCGUGACGGAGGGAACUGGAAAAUCCUGAGAAACAGCACCUCUGCCAUGAUGCACAUGAAGAUCUACAAUGAGACCGUGCAGAAAGGUGUGUGUAUGUCAGUGUGUAUGUGAGUGUAUAUUAUGUUUGGGCACCAUGGUAACUAUAGAUUAGACAUAACCAUUUUAAUCUAUGUAUGCAAAAACAUAUUUGUCUUUGUUUGUACUCUGUAAAAGUAGAAACUUGUUUGUGUGGGUGCAGGUUCCUGAGCAUGUGUUUGUUUGUGUUUUUGUGUGUUGUGUUUCCAGGCACCAAUCUGUGCAGUAAUAGCAAUGGAGACUGUUCCCAGCUGUGCCUGCCCACCUCCCCGACCACACGAGCCUGCAUGUGUACCGCUGGAUACAGCCUCAGGAGUGGACAACAGUCCUGCGAGGGUGAGACACACACACACACACACCAUGAAUAGGUUAUUUGGAUCUUUAUUUUGAUAUUUGAAAGGUCAUAGAUGCCUGGUCUUGCAGUCAUUGAAACAAAACAUUACCUCAGCUAUUAGUCAAACAAACACAAGCUACAUAUAUCAUUUGGACGUGCUAUAUUUGGCAAAACAGAGAUUAAUAUAAUAUAUUCUCAUAUUCAUUCAUUUGUUUUCAUCUGGAAAGAUGACAUGUCUUGUACUGCCACUGACCUCUUAGUGUGUCCAGUGAUAAACUCUGGGUAAUGUUUCCCUUGGCCUCAGGUGUGGGCUCCUUCCUGCUCUACUCUGUUCAUGAGGGCAUCCGUGGCAUCCCCCUGGACCCCUCGGACAAGUCAGACGCUCUGGUGCCAGUGUCAGGCACCUCCCUGGCUGUGGGCAUAGACUUCCAUGCAGGUAGGGACGCAGACACACACACACACACACACACCUUGGAGGGAGGGGUUUUCAAACACUAUACAAAACCAACAUCUAUUUUUUUUUUUUAGAUUGGUAGUCAUGAAAAUAUGCUGAAUCUAGCCAGUAUGAUAGGCGCAUUCCAAAUUAACAUGUGAAUGAAUGAGUAUGAUGGGUAUAGUACAUCUACUGUUCUGUACUGUACUGAUGGCUCUCUCCUCUCCCCUCCAGAUAAUGACACUAUCUACUGGGUGGACAUGGGCCUAAGCACCAUCAGCAGAGCUAAGAGAGACCAGACCUGGAGAGAAGACGUGGUCACUAACGGCAUCGGCAGAGUGGAGGGCAUCGCUGUGGACUGGAUCGCUGGUGAGGCACACACACACACACACACAUGCAUGCAUACAUACAGACUCAUACGCGCACAUGUACAGACACGUGCGUACUAUCUCAUACUGUAUACACACUCUCACACACACAUUCAGCAUCUGUCACAGACUCAUGGCUGACACGCUUCACAGCCUUACAGAAGAGAGAUGAGACUCAUUCUGAUCACGUCUUCACCUCUGCAAGGUGAGGGAGAGAAAUACAGUCAGGGGGAGGGAGAAGCUAACAAAGAAGGAGAAAGAGCAACAGCGGAAGAGGGUUAGACCGAGGAGAUGGGAAGAAGCCCAGAUAGAUAGGUACCUGUAUAGCCCAGGUCACAUGACAUGGGUGUACAGAGCGAAGCCUUACUGCAGGAUGAGUAAUGAACACUGCAGCAUUCCAUCAGCCCUCUGAGGUUACGCUGGGAAACCCUGUUUACACCACAGCACCAAAACAAUAACACAACAUGACUGCAUUCUCCAUUUGCCUAGUUGUAUUAAGUGUCAUAAACAGUGAAAAUGUAUAGAACUUCAUUUACAUUUACAGUAACCUUCCACUACUUUAUCAGUUACUCUUGUGGUUGAUCCCAUGUAAUGUUGUUUUACUGUAAAGCAUGUUGAUUGUUUAAAAUACACUGUUGUAAAAGUGUGGCUGGUUUGUAUUGCUGUUGUAUUAUGUGUUGGUGCUCUGUCCCUCCAUAGGGAACAUCUACUGGACUGACCAGGGCUUUGAUGUAAUUGAGGUGGCCAGACUCAAUGGCUCCUUCCGCUACGUGGUCAUCUCCCAGGGCCUGGACAAGCCCCGCGCCAUCACUGUCCACCCAGAGAAAGGGUGAGGACAGGGGGAAAAUGGGGGGGAAUUGACCUUAUAUUUGUAUUUAUUAGGGAUCCCCUCUUCCUGGGGUCCAAACACAUUAAGGCACUUACAUUACAUAUAAAACAAUACAUCAUAUAACAUUAUUACACCACUACAUAUCUACAAUACAAAUAGUAUAAUACCACCAUACAACAAUAUUAUAAUGUACAUGUGUGUAGAGUGCGUGUGCUAGCGCUUGUGUGCGUAUGCGUGUGUGUGUCUCUUCACAGGCCCCGCUGUUCCAUAAGGUGUGUUUUUAUGGUUUUUUCAUCUGAUUCUACUGCUUGCAUCAGUUACCUGAUGUGGAAUAGAGUUCCAUGUAGUCAUGGCUCUAUCUAGUGCUGUGCACCUCCCAUAGUCUGUUCUGGACUUGGGGACUGUGAAGAGACCUCUGGUGGCAUGUCUUGUGGGGUAUGCAUGGGUGUCUGAGCUGUGUGCCAGUAGUUCAGACAGACAGCUAUGUGCAUUCAGCUUGUCAACACUUCUUACAAAACAAGUAGUGAUGAAGUCAGUCUCUCCUCCACUUUGAGCCAUGAGAGAUUGACAUGCAUAUCAUUAAUGUUAGCUCCCUGUGUACUUUUAAGGGCCCGCCGUGCUGCCCUGUUCUGAGCCAAUUGUAAUUUUCCUAAGUCCCUCUUUGUAGCACCUGACCACAAGACUGAACAGUAGUCCAGGUGCGACAAAACUAGGGCCUGUAGGACCUGCCUUGUUGAUAGUGUUGUUAAGAAGGCAGAGCAGCACUUUAUUAUGGACAGACUUCUCCCCAUCUUAGCUAUUGUUGUAUCAAUAUGUUUUGACCACGACAGUUUACAAUCCAGGGUUACUACAAGCUGUUUAGUCACCUCAACUGUUAAAUGAGGGGAAAGUGACCUCUCUCUUACUCUGUGUGUACAGGUAUCUGUUCUGGACAGAGUGGGGUCAGUACCCUCGGAUCGAGAGGUCUCGUCUGGACGGGUCUCAGAGAGCUGUACUAGUCAACGUCAGCAUCAGCUGGCCUAAUGGCAUCUCCAUAGACUACCGGGUACAGUAUAACGCCCACACAUAUAACCACAACACACACACAAACAUACACUGAACUCCCUGUCCUUGUGAUGUGUGUGUGCAGGAGGGUCUUCUGUACUGGUGUGAUGCUCGUACAGACAAGAUAGAGCGUAUCAACCUGGAGACGGGAGCGAACAGAGAGGUGGUGCUGGCUAACAACAACAUGGACAUGUUCUCUGUCUCGGUGUUUGAGAACUACAUCUAUUGGAGUGACAGGUCUGUCUCUGUAUCGCUCUCUCACUCUCUUUCUCGCUGACAUUCACUCCUCCACCUAUUCAUUGAGUCUAUAAUUAAUUCACUCCCUCUCUCCAUAAUCUGUCACCUUGCUUCUCAGCUGUUGUCUCCCUCACUCUUUCUACACUGAUGUCAUGUCUCCCUCUCGCUUUCUGAUAUUCUUUUCCGCAUUUAUUUACUGUCACUAAUUUAUUCACUCACUCUUUCUCAAUCGUCUUUCACCUUCCUUCUCAGCCGGUGUCUCCCGCACUCCUUCUUUAACUUAGUCUGUCUCUCUCCCUGAUGUCAUGUCUCUCUCUCUCUGUCUCUGUCUGACCUGUAUCAGGACUCAUGCCAAUGGCUCCAUAAAGAGGGGCAGCAAAGACAACGCUACAGAUUCUGUGCCUCUGCGCACUGGCAUCGGAGUACAGCUCAAAGACAUCAAAGUGUUCAACAGGGCCCGGCAGCAAGGUGGGCAGUGUGUGGAUGUGUUAGUUUAGAGAGUCUACUCAAAGAUGAUUUAUAGGGGCAAUAAUGCUGUAAAGUUUGAUAAUACAGUUAUUUGAGAUCCCAAACCCAUUGAAGAAGAUUUUAUUAUUAUUAUACCAUUUAAUGUGUUAUUUUUCAUAUUUGAAUUAUCUGCCGAUUUAUUGAGAGAAAAAAAGAUCUACAGUGAAUAUUAAAUAUGUUUCCCCUCCACACAGGAACUAAUGUGUGUAAGGAUAACAACGGCGGCUGCCAGCAACUGUGUCUUUUCCGUGGCAACGCAGAACGUACAUGUGCCUGUGCUCACGGCAUGUUGGCCGAGGACGGACGGGGUUGCCGUGACUACGAUGGCUACCUACUCUACUCGGAACGGACCAUUCUAAAGAGCAUUCACCUAUCGGAUGAAAACAACCUAAAUGCUCCUAUAAAACCGUUUGAGGAUCCUGAACACAUGAAGAACGUUAUAGCUCUGACGUUUGACUACCGUGGAGGAGGAGGGAAAGGAGCCAAUCGCAUCUUCUUCAGUGACAUCCACUUUGGAAACAUCCAGCAGAUCAAUGAUGAUGGCUCGAACCGCAAGACGGUGGUGGAAAGUAGGUUAUUCACCCGCCUCUCUAUCCCCUCCUCUCUUAUUCAUACAAUCGAAAUAAGCAUUUCGUUACACCUUUUAUACCUUCUGUAAACUGUGUAUGUGAUGAAUAACAUUAGAUUUAUUUUUUUUUUGAUCUGUUAUCAUCCACCUAAUCCUAUAGCAAUCCAUGUCCUCUUUUCCGUCAUAACCCAUACUCCAUUGAUUUACCCUGUUUUCAAUUUACCCUGUUUUCAAUGCUAAUUGAUAAGGCCAAGUGAAUGUAGGUAAGCACUAGUUAAUCAGGUUAUUUGGCUGAAGUUUGAGGAAUUUGAUAAAACAUUUUCCCUCUGUUAGACGGCUCUCUCUCCCUCCCAUUCGUUAAGCAUAAUCUUUCAUCCUUCUCUCCUCCUCAUCCUCCUCUUCCUCCUCCUUCACUAAGAACAAACCCUAUUUGGUGGUGAUAUACAGCAGACACCCAAUGGGUAGCAGUCUCCAGGAAGAAACAGCUGGGGCUCAAACAACUUGUUUUGGACCUCCAACUGAUAAACAUGGCAGGAAAACCUAGUGGCCAACUAUUAUUUCUGAGAGUUCGGAAAACAAUGUGGAAGUCUUUCAUAUCUACCUCAUUUUGGGAACACACUGUACACAACAACAUAAACCAGAUUGAGGCACAGAUAGACCUUCAUUCUCUUUAUCUCAGAAGAACAUAACAGAAAGAAACAACAAUCGGCUAAAGAAUGGUAGUACUGUGUAAAAUAGCUCACAUCCUUUAAAAAUCUAUUUUUUUAUUUUAAUAAGCAGAAAUGUAUUUCUCCCGGAUGUCUCUGUUCUCUGCCAUGUCCCAGGAGGCCCUCUAGACAGAGGCCUUUGAUUCUCAGUGUUCAGAUCCUCCUUUUAGACUGUUGUCUCACAGUAUGGAGGCUCUUUACUUCAAGUGCUGUCCCUCAAUUGAACCUUGGCGCUCAAGAGCUGUAUACUACAGCUUAGUGUGAUAGUUGUGCACUGGAGUACCAGGAAGAUUUGGGUAGAAAUGGUUUUGUAGUUUAGUCCUGUAGAGUUGUUAUUGUGACACUUUUUUGUUCUUCCCUCCAGCUCUCAGACAAUAUAUUUUCAGUUCCUAUCCAGUUUGUCAUGGACACAAAGCAUAACCUUAGAGAUUUAGAUACAUGUCCACCAAUCCUGUAUAGAUGGGUCUGUUGUCACGGUUACGGACCCCCACUCCUGGCCCCUCUGCGACCCAGCUCCAGCAGGUCCUGUCUGAACUUCUGGGACAUGAGGACAUAGAGGAUGGGGUUGGCCACGGUAGAGGAGGUGGCCAUGAGGCGGGCGAACACACUGAAGGGCCCGUAGCGAGGUGAUGACCCCGUGGCCCCAUGGCUGCCUCCCCCCAGGAGGGCAAAGGUCAGGCCGUAGGAGGGCAGCCAGCACAGGGUAAAGGCCAGCACUAGCAGGGCCGAGGUUUGGGUCACCUUCCGCUGGUAUCGCUCCACUUGGGGCACCCGGCUGUCCCUCCGACUCCGCCACAAGAACAAGUAGAUCCCGCCGUAGGCCACAGCGAUGACGCCCAGUGGCAGGGCGAAGGACAGCAGGAAGUGGCAGGCACCAUAGGCCAGCUGGCCGUUGUGCGACAGGAAGUUGAAGCAAGCCAGGCCGUCGGGGUUGAUGUGCUGGGCACCCACGGAGCGGAAGGCCAGCUGUGGGGCAGCCAUGGCACAAGCGGGAAGCCAGAGAGCAGCGGAGGUCAGCGCCACGCGGCGAGGAGUAAGAAGGCGGUAGGCCUGGGUUGGCUCCACCACGGUCAGAUACCGCGUCACGGCCAGGGCGGCCAGCGUGAAGGCACUAGCCGAGGAGCAGGCGGCGCCCAGGAAGCUCACCAGCCGACACAGGAAGUCCCCGAAGGGCCAGUGCUGCAUCGCUAUUGCGAUGGUGUGGAAGGGCAGCAUGGAUAGAAGGAGGAGGUCGGCCGCACUCAGGGCCAGCAGGAGGGUGUCCGUCCCUGUCCCUGUCAUGGUCCCCUGGUUGGGUUGACCUCCCGGACCUGCCCUUCUUCUACGACGACCACACAGGAUGAUCAUCACCAAGGAGUGCCCCGUCACACCCAGCACCAGGAUCAGGACAUCCAUCACUGGAACCAGGACCAGCUCCACACUGCCCACCACAGACUCCUUGUCACCAGAGCCACUGUCAUUCCUCCACACAGAUCCAUAAUCAGCCAUGGAGAGGACAGACAGACCAGCCUUAAAGGGGCUUCUCCUUAGUCCUUACACUGAGCCUAGAGUUGAUACAGUGAAGCAGUGAAGCAGUGAUGACUGAUGAGAAAAAAUCAUAGCCGCCAAAUAAUAGCAGCAAGAUGACACUCCCAUGGGUUGAUAUCUACCGGCUGUAAAAACUAGUCUUCUGCUUAUGACUAAUCAACUAGCCACUGAUAACAAAGCGUGUGGGAGUUAUUAUUGAAACGGAGAGUCGAUAACAACACUAAGGUGUGACAUUAACAGGAACAUUCAGCAGACAUGACAUUACAUAGAUUCUCAAUGUUACUUCUUCUGACCAUAACCACUCUGAAGUUGCCCUCCUGUCAGUUAGGAUUCAAUCGGUUUGUCUCGCUCAGUAUUUCUCGCCAUAGUCCAGAAACUCACAAUAUAAACUUUUUUUUUCUGCAAAGUGUUUACGUUUCCAAAAAUAGUCCUUUUGAAAGACUACUGAUGAGUGACUGUUACCAGUCACGUCAUUGAGGUCUCCCACAAUUCGAAUCAAGCCUUUCUAGUCCUGGCAAUCAGCUCUACCUUGGUCCUAGUCCCUCCAAAGAAAGGAGAGAACAUAGACAUCAGCCCCCCUCCGUUGACGUUUGAGAUGCUAUUGAUUUAGCGUCUAGCUAGCCGCCGGGCUCUCCGUCUCUCCCCAGGACUCCUGCUAUGUUCGUCUGACAGCCUCUGACAGUGGUGGCCGGCUGGGACUGUGUUGCUGAGCUCUAAACUCUCUGGAUGGCUCUGUCUCCUGUCAGCUCACAUCAGAAAGCCACUGCAUGACACCUCAAUCAGUCUUCUACUGCUAAGUCAUCGACAGUCUGCCAAUUCAAAGCCCACAGGAAGGAAUCUCUGGAGAGAUAGAGGGAGAGAAGGAGAGUGCUGUAGGAGAGGCAGGUAUAUGGGCUUGAAGGAAGAGGUGAAUCACGGUAAAUAACAUGUGAACUCUGGACUGCUCUGUACUGUAUGGCUUUGACAGUGACAACGCAAGAGGGAUAUGGGUUGGUCUGUUGUCAGUGGGAGGACCUGUUCAGGACAAUCAAAGCCUUUCACAGAGUUUGACACACACACACACACACACACACACACACACACACACACACACACUGCCACCCUCUGUACUUGUUCAUGUGACAUUACAACUUGAAACAUGAGAAAUCAGGGUAAUUGUUUACCUUUGCCCUGAGAGCAAACACUCAGCGGGAGUGCUGUGGUCUGUUAUCACACCCAGAUAAGUGCCAUAAAACUCUUUGUGUGUGUGUGUGUUAGUAUGAAAAUGUAUGCACUCACUAACUGUAAAUCGCUCUGGAUAAGAGCGUCUGCUAAAUGACUAAAAUGUAAAAUGUAAAUGUGUGUGUGUGUGUGUGUCAUUCCACCUCAAAAAGCACAAGAAAGAGGAUUUCGACACCCACCAUCUCAGAUUGUUCAGACAUUUUUUCUGUAUUUAGACAACAGAUAAGAUUAGCAUUCCUGGAACAUUAUUUUGUUGAAAUGUAAUUUGAUCUCUGAGAAAUUAAACUAAACUUUGCCAUUUUAAUUUAUAGGAUUAAUUUAAUUUUCAAUAAAUAUAGUACCUAACAUCUGAUUUGGACCAUCAUUCUUCCUAACAAUGAGUUAGACAUGAGGAAUCCAAUAAAAUUAUCAAUAGCCACCCACAGACCACCCACGCCAAUCCCACCCCAACAACCAGUAUCAGUUCUCUAUGUCUGACAAGUGGUAUGGAGCUGCUGCUUGGAGUAUUUCUUCUUCACAAUGUAUUUCCAUUAUGAGCAAAAGCAAUUGGUUUUCUACCCAAAGUUGCAAAGAAAAUGUGAGACGUUUAAUAAACACUAGAGACCAGCAAAAUGGAUCAAAGGGUGUGGUGGCAGUAGCAGGAACAGCGGCAUCUAGUGGGCAAAACCAGGUAUUUCCACACUCAUUUAAUGGGAUAGAAUGCAAGCGACUUCAAUGGCUAAUUUCUCUGAAGAGGGGAACAAACCAUCACCAGAUUCACAGGGAAUACAUUGCAAAGGUUGAAGAAGCAAUAUACAACAAAAUAAUGUUUCAGGAAUGCUAAUCUUAUCGGUUUCUAACCACAUAAUUGAUAUCAGAACCAUCUGAGAUGUUGGGUGACAUGGCUUGCUGAAAUGACAUGGAAUGACCCGUGUGUGUGUGUGUCUGUGUAUGCGCGUGUGUGUGUGUAUAUGAAGCUCAGGAUAAGAGGGUGAACUCUGUACGUUUACCAAGAGCUUGUAAAUUCAGCUCCUUUGUAAACUUCAACUGCUGCAGUCAGCAUACAGGACAGAGAUGGGCCUAUACAGUAGAGAUACACACAGGGAAGCCAGCAUUAAAAGGUGUGAGGAAAGCGGAAACACGGAUAGGAAAGUGUAGAGCCUUGCAGCCCGACAAUUUAUGAUUUAUUAAAAGCACCGAGGAGAGAGGAAAUUGAGGGAGCAGAUUUAGUGUUGCACUUCAUCAAUUUUUUAAAGCGUUGAUUUAUGAGAGUGGGAAACCAGAGGGAGUUGUUUUAAUGUCACACACCUGGGCUCUACACACUCCAGCUCUUAGGUCCUUAGCUCGGUCUCAUUCAAAAUCUCUCACAAUACAUUGCUAGCCAGUCCAUGACUCAUGUCUGUGGUGUUGAAAUGGAGAGAUGGAGGUGAAGUGCAAAGUGUCCCACCUUGUGUUGAACCUCCCAGAGACACUGGCCAGGCAUGUGAUGUACUUAUUAGGUCAUAACCGCUUCAGAAGAAGGCCUAUUAAGUAAUUCCAGUCCCUCUGUUUCUACUGGGAUAACAAGCAGGUGACUAUUAGUCUUUUUGGAACAAUCAGUUGUGGUUGACUGUGGGGGUGUGUGUUGUGCGUAACUUGAAAGUGUCCUUGUCAGACUUUAAGAGUGUGUCUGUGUGUGACUGUGUGUGUUUCUCCACCACCAGAGCACAGUGUGUUCCUCCAUCUUGGCCAGCUCUCCCCUCCCCAGUCUCCUCUCGUCUGGACUGGCCUGAGCUGAGAUGGGCUCAGCCAGUUACUCAUUAGAAGGCUGUGAAGCACAAAAAUGCUGUGAACCCUCCCAACUAUCGAUGAUAAAGAGCAAUGGAAGGAAAUAUGCUGCUAGCUGUUAGCCAUUUAUGUUGUGACCUUUUGGAGAGCUGUUAGUUUGAUGAAAGCCUUAGCUCACAGAGAGUUCUAGAUCAUUACCAGUGGCCUGUCGUGUCCUCAGUGAGUAGUCUCUGUACCUCCUCUGCUAUGGCAUCCAGCUCUACUCUGUCCGCCAGCUCUGUGCUACUGCCAGAGACCUGAGUCAUGUCCUUUUAACACGCAACUGGGAUUGACGUGGUAUUUGCCUCUUCUCCUCCCUCCCUGUCUUUCUUUCCUUGCCCUUUUUUAUUUUUCUCUCUCUCGCUGUCUCUACCUCUCUCUCUACCUCUCUCUCUCUCUACCUCUCUCUCUCUCUCUACCCCUCUCUCUCUCUCUACCUCUCUCUCUCUCUCUACCUCUCUCUCUCUCUCUACCUCUCUCUCUCUCUCUACCUCUCUACCUCGUCAGACGUGGGUUCAGUAGAGGGCCUGGCGUACCACCGAGGCUGGGACACUUUGUACUGGACCAGCUAUACCACCUCCACUAUCACCCGCCACACGGUCAACCAGAGCCGCUGGGGUGCCUGGGACCGCAACACCGUGGUCACCAUGUCUGGAGACGACCACCCCCGGGCCUUUGUACUGGACGAGUGUCAAGAGUGAGUGUCUCUUGGACCGUAAUGGUCAUAAAUCGCACUGUUCCAAUUGUGCCAUUUGAAUCAGAAGCCCAUCCACUGUUGUGAACGUUUACACACAUCUGCAUUAUAUACUAUAAGUUCCCUCGUGUUGUCACCCACCAGCCUGAUGUUCUGGACCAAUUGGAAUGAACAGUCUCCCAGUAUCAUGCGUGCCACCCUGUCUGGUAACAAUGUACUGGUGAUCAUCGGCAGUGACAUCCGUACCCCCAACGGCCUGGCCAUAGACCACCGCGCUGAGAAACUCUACUUCUCCGACGCCACCCUGGACAAGAUCGAACGCUGCGAAUAUGAUGGCAGCCGCCGCUACGUGAGUGACACUGGCACACAUGCACACACACACUCGCAGAUUACAUACGCAAUAACCCACCCACAUUCACGAAACACACUUGAUGGUUCAACUGUUGUGUGUAUCUCUGCUGCCCCCUAUAGGUGGUGUUGAAGAAUGAGCCAGUCCAUCCGUUUGGUCUGGCGGUGUAUGGAGACUACAUAUUCUGGACCGACUGGGUCCGCAGGGCUGUCCUCAGGGCCGACAAGUACGUGGGCGGUGACAUGAAACUCCUCAGAGCCGACAUCCCCCAGCAGCCAAUGGGCAUCGUCGCUGUGGCCAACGACACCAAUAGCUGUGAGUUCUAAGGAAAAGAGGGUGUGGUUUGGGUGGAAGUGUUUUUUUAGGGCAGAUAAAGGGGUGGGGGAUUGGGGGGUUGGCGUGGGCAAGCAGAGUGGUACACAUACCAUUGGAGGCUGGUGGGAGGAGAUAUAGGAGGACAUGCACAUUGUAAUGGCUGGAAUGGAAUAAAUGGAACAGAGUCAAACAUUGUUUCCAUAUCUUUGAUACUGUCCUCCUAUAGCUCCUCCCACCAGCCUCCUCUGACACACACACACACCUUCACACACACUGCUGUGCCACCAAAGUUAAUGAGGUUUAAGAAGUAAUCAGUGUGACACAGCUGAGGGGAGCUCCAUACACCUGGAGAAUGAGACCACCUGAGACUCCACUGCCCCAAUCUAUCACCCUGUACACACACACUCCCCAUCUUCUGCUCCAACAGUCUCAUGCCACACACAUUUCCUCGUCAUCUCUCUAACCUCGUCCAGUUCAAUUCACACUUGUUCAUCUCACUGAGUUUUCAAUCUCCCUCUAUCACUUCAAAUCAAUGGCUCUGUCUUUCUCAACCACCCCCACACCCUCAACACCCACUAUUCACUUCCCAGUUGCUUACCUCCUCCCCACUCUCAACACACACAGUGAACCUGUGGUAAUUGCUGGAAAUCCCAUUUACACUGUGUCAGUUUAUAUUAGACACAAGUAGAUGGAGAGUUUUGUUGUUCUCUGAACACUGUGUGUGUACGUGCGUGCUCUAACCCUCUCUCUUUCUCUGUGUAGGCGAGUUCUCUCUGUGUCGGGUGAACAACGGAGGUUGUCAGGACCUGUGUCUUCUGACCUCAGAGGGCAGGGUCAACUGUACUUGCCGUGGCAAUGGCGAAAGGAAACUGCUGGAGGACAACACCUGCAUCGGUGAGAAAGCGGGGGAAAGGGGGGAUAGGGAAGGGUGGAGAAAUGAGAGAACUAGGGCAAGGGGAGGGAGAGUGGAUGAGGGCAUUUUAUCAUGUCAUUAAUGAUGUAAGAACAGCCAAUGGUGCUGGUUUUUCAAUCCUACUUUGAAAUGUUCAGCACUAAAACGAUGUUUUUAUAAAAUCUGAUGUUAAGUGUGUCUUUCCCCUUCCCAGCCCUGAACACCACGUGCAGCAGUGUAGAUGAGUUUGAGUGUGGGAACGGAGACUGUGUGAACUACACUCUGACCUGUGACGGCAUGGCCCACUGCAAGGACAAGUCCGACGAGAAACAGUCCUACUGCGGUGAGUGACACCGACAGGGACAUUCUUUUACAUUACCACUAUAAGCCAUAAUGUGACUAAUGUUUCUAACAUAAUCUUUUCCUGCCCUUCGUCUUCAGCCAACCGGGUGUGUAAGAAGGGCUACAGGCGGUGUGUGAAUGGCAGGUGUGUGGGACACAGCUCCUGGUGUAACGGACAGGACGACUGUGGAGACAACUCAGACGAACUCUUCUGCAACAGUAAGCAGGCUAGCUAUCUCAUGCAGUGGUGGUAGUUUGGGUUGAUUUUCUAUGGAAAUGUUCUAUAUUUGUGUAGAGUUUGUCACCAGAGUAAUGUGUGUCUGUCUGUGUCUGUUCCAGCCACCCUGUGCACGGCAGAGCAGUUCCAGUGCAGAGACGGAGGCUGCAUCACAAACUCCAGCAAGUGUAACCAGAUGGUGGACUGUGAAGACGCCAGCGACGAGAUGAACUGCUGUGAGUCACCUUGGAUGCCAGUCUAGUUUAAACUAAAGCUAACAAUAGAUUUAACUCAAACGAACCCAGACUUAACUCUUGACUAGACUCAACUCAAGACAGAACACAGACUAACCUUUAGACUAGACUCAACUAAACCUAACAUCAGACGUAACUCUAAUCCAGACUUAAUUCUGGACCAGACUAACUCAGUCAACAUUGCUCUGUCAUAAUGUAUAAUGUCACUUUACAGCUGAUAGAUACGAUGCUGAAGCUAAUGAACUAAAUGAGUUUAAACUGACUUUAUAAGACUCACUGUGUAACCCCUGUCCCUGUCCACCAGCUACUGACUGUUCCAGCUACUUCCGCCUGGGGGUUAAGGGUGUGACCUUCCAGAAGUGUGAGUUCACCAGCCUCUGCUAUGCAUCCUCUUGGGUGUGUGACGGAGCCAACGACUGUGGAGACUACUCCGAUGAGAGGAACUGCCCAGGUGAACACACACAUGCGCACGCAUGCACACACACACACACACACACACACAUAGACACAGCACACAUGCCCAAACAUAGAUACACACUUAAAACACACACACAAUAAGCUGCAACAUCUCAAAUGUUUUCAGACUUUUGUCCUUGUGGACUCUGAUUCAGUGUAUCUCAUUAAGGCAGCAAGCUGCUAGGGGAGCCCCCAGAGUUCACAUUAAAACACAAACAUUUCGGCCUCCCGAGUGGCGCAGUGGUCGACGGCACUGCAUCGCAGUGCUUGAGGUGUCACUACAGACCCGGGUUCGAUCCCAGGCUGUGUCACAGCCGGCUGUGACUGGGAAGCCCAUGAGGCGGCGCACAAUUGACCCAGCGUCGUCUGGGUUUGGGGAGGGUUUGGCCGGCUGGGAUUUCCUUGUCCCAUCGUGCUCUAGCGACUCCUUGUGGCAGGCCGGGCGCCUGCAAGCUGACUUCGGUCGCCAGCUGGACAGUGUAUCACAAUUCUAGUGGGUCAGAAGUUUACAUACACUAAGCAAAUCAAUCCCUGAACAACAGCAAAGGACCUUGUGAAGAUGCUGGAGGAAACAGGUACAAAAGUAUUUAUAUCCACAGUAAAUCAAGUCCUAUAUCGACAUAACCUGAAAGGUCGCUCAGCAAGGAAGAAGCCACUGCUCCAAAACCGCCAUAAAAAAGCCAGACUACGGUUUGCAACUGCAAGUACAACAAAGUCAAGGUAUUGGAGUGGCCAUCACAAAGCCCUGACCUCAAGCCUAUAGAAAAUGUGUUUGCAGAACUGAAAAAGCGUGUGUGAGCAAGGAGGCCUACAAACCUGACUCAGUUACACCAGCUCUGUCAGGAGGAAUGGGCCAAAAUUCACCCAACUUAUUGUUGGAAGCUUGUGGAAGCCUACCCGAAACAAGUUAAACAAUUUAAAGGCAAUGCUACCAAAUACUAAUUGAGUGUAUGUAAACUUCUGACCCACUGGGAAUGUGAUGAAAGAAAUAAAAGCUGAAAUAAAUCAUUCUCUCUACUAUUAUUCACAUUCUUAAAAUAAAGUGGUGAUCCUAACUGACCUAAAACAGGGAGGAUUAAAUGUCAGGAAUUGUGAAAAACUGAGUUUAAAUGUAUUUGGCUAAGGUGUAUGUAAACUUCCGACUUCAACUGUACGUACUGUGUGUUUGUGUGUGUGUGUAUAUAUAGUACCAGUCAAAAGUUUGGACACACCUACUCAUUCAGGGGUUUUUCUUUAUUUCUACAUUGUAGAAUAAUAGUGAAGACAUCAAAAUUAUGAAAUAACACAUAUGGAAUCAUGUAGUAACCAAGUCGUUACUCCAGCCACCCUAGUCGUACACUGUUCUCUCUGCUACCGCACGGCAAGCGGUACCGGAGCGCCAAGUCUAGGUCCAAAAGGCUUCUCAACAGCUUCUACCCCCAAGCCAUAAGACUCCUGAACAGCUAAUCAUGGCUACCCGGACUAUUUGCACUGCCCCCCCACCCCCACCCCAUCAUUUUACGCUGCUGCUACUCUGUUAAUUAUUUAUGCAUAGUCACUUUAACUCUACCCACAUGUACAUAUUACCUCAACUAGCCGGUGCCCCCGCACAUUGACUCUGCACCGGUACCCCCCUGUAUAUAGCCUCCCUACUGUUAUUUUAUUUUACUUCUGCUCUUUAUUUCUCAACACUUUUUAGUUGUUAUUUUAUUUAACUUGUUUAUUAAAAAAUAAAUGCAUUGUUGGUUAAGGGCUGUAAGUAAGCAUUUCACGGUAAUGUCUACACCUGUUGUAUUCGGCGCAUAUAAAUACAAUUUGAUUUGAUCUCACAAAGACAUUGUGGUUGGAACCAAAAAUCUCAAAUUUGGACUCAUCAGACCAAAGGACAGAUUUCCACAUUGCUCGUGUUUCUUGGCCCAAGCAAGUCUCUUCUUCUUAUUGGUGUCCUUUAGUAGUGGAUUCUUUGCAGCAAUUCGAUCUGAUUCACGCGGUCUCCUCUGAGCAGUUGAUGUUGAGAUGUGUCUAUACUUGAACACUGUGAAGCAUUUAUUUGGGCUGCAAUUUCUGAGGCUGGUAACACUAAUGAACUUAUCCUCUGCAGCAGAGGUAACUCUGGGUCUUCCUUUCCUGUGGCGGUCCUCAUGAGAGCCAGUUUCAUCAUUGCGACUGCACUUGAAGAAACGUUCAAAGUUCUUGACAUUUUCCGGAUUUACUGACCUUCAUGUCUUAAAGUAAUGAUGGACUGUCGUUUCUCUUUGCUUAUUUGAGUUGUUUUACCAUAAUAUGGACUUGGUCUUUUACCAAAUAGGGCUAUCUUCUGUAUUCCACCCCUACCUUGUCACAACACAACUGAUUGGCUCAAACACGUUAAGAAGGAAAGAAAUUCCACAAAUUAACUUUUUAAGAAGGCACCCCUGUUAAUUGAAAUGCAUUCCAGGUGACUACCUCAUGAAGCUGGUUGAGAGAAUGCCAAGAGUGUGCAAAGCUGUCAUCAAGGCAAAGGGUGGCUUUUUGAAGAAUCUCAAAUAUAAAAUAUAUUUUGAUUUGUUUAACACGUUUGUGGUUACUACAUGAUUUCAUAUGUGUUAUUUCAUAGUUUUGAUGUCUUCACCACUGUUGUACAAUGUAGAAAAUAGUAAAAAUAAAGAAAAACCCUUGAAUGAGUAGGUGUGUCCAAACUUUUGACUGGUACUAUAUGUAUAUAAACAAGUUCAAUCCGAUGAUGCUGUGACACACCGCCCCAGACCAUGACGGACCUUCCACCUCCAAAUCGAUCCCGCUCCAGAGUACAGGCCUCGGUGUAACGCUCAUUCCUUCGACGAUAAACGCGAAUCUGACCAUCACCCCUGGUGAGACAAAACUGUGACUCGUCAGUGAAGAGCACUUUUUGCCAGUCCUGUCUGGUCCAGCGACGGUGGGUUUGUGCCCAUAGGUGACGUUGUUGCCGGUGAUGUCUGGUGAGGACCUGCCUUACAACAGGCCUACAAACCCUCAGUCCAGCCUCUUUCAGCCUAUUGCGGACAGUCUGAGCACUGAUGGAGGGAUUGUGCGUUCCUGGUGUAACUCUGGCAGUUGUUGCCAUCCUGUACCUGUCCCGCAGGUGUGAUGUUCGGAUGUACCGAUCCUGUGCAGGUGUUGUUACACAUGGUCUGCCACUGCGAGGACGAUCAGCUGUCUAUCCUGUCUCCCUGUAGCGCUGUCUUAGGCUUCUCACAGUACGGACAUUGCAAUGUAUUGCCCUGGCCACAUCUGCAGUCCUCAUGCCUCCUUGCAGCAUGCCUAAGGCACGUUCACGCAGAUGAGCAGGGACCCUGGGCAUCUUUCUUUUGGUGUUUUUCAGAGUCAGUAGAAAGGCCUCUUUAGUGUCCUAAGUUUUCUUAACGACCGUUCCACAGGUGCAUGUUCAUUAAUUGUUUAUGGUUCAUUGAACAAGCAUGGGAAACAGUGUUUAAACCCUUUACAAUGAAGAUCUGUGAAGUUAUUUGGAUUUUUACGAAUUAUCUUUGAAAGACAGCGUCCUGAAAAUGGGACUUUUCUUUUAUUGCUGAGUUUAUAUAUACACACACACACACUACGGACUCCGACAUUGCUCAUCCUAAUAUUUAUGUAUAUUUCUUAAUUCCAUUCUUUUAAUUUUAGAUUUGUGUGUAUUGUUGUGAAUUGUUAGAUAUUACUGCACUGUUGGAGCUAGGAACACAAGCAUUUCACUACACCCGCAAUAACAUCUGCUAAAUAUGUGAAUGCAACCAAUAAAGUUUGAUUUGAUUAACCAUUGUCUGUCCGUUCUAUUUGUCGAGCAGAACGGAGGAAGACCAAGUGUCCUGCUUCAUUCUUUGCGUGUCCUAGUGGUCGCUGUAUCCCUAUGAGCUGGACCUGCGACAAGGAGAACGACUGUGAGAACGGAGCUGACGAGACACACUGUGGUCAGUUCAGCUCAGAUGGCUUUUUACUGGACUGCUAAUCACUGUAGUCUUUCACCACACAUUUCUGACAGAUUGUCUUUCUCUUCAUUGCAUCUCUCUCGCUCUCUCUCGCUCACGCUCUCUUUUAGAUAAGUUCUGCUCGGCCAGCCAGUUUGAAUGCAGUAACCACCGCUGUAUCCCCAACCGUUGGGUGUGUGACGGCGCUGACGACUGUGGUGAUGGGACUGACGAGGGCAGCAAGUGCAGUGAGUGCGAUUCACGCCACACAUACACAAUCUCUAACAGGGAGGUCACUUAUUUGGAAAUACUAGACUAAUUCAAAACGAAUGCACACAAAAGUAAUUCCCUUGCCCCAUAUCUGUCUCCCCUCCUCCCCACACCUCCCCUCCUCUCCUGACAGAGAAUAAGACGUGUAGUCCACAUGCCUUCCAGUGUCCUGGCUCUCAUGUGUGUGUCCCCCAGCACUGGAAGUGUGACGGGGACAAGGACUGUCCUGACGGGGUGGAUGAGAGUGUCAAGGCUGGAUGUGGUGAGUAGUGGAUCAGUCAGAGGAGGAUUAUUGACUUAUUGAAUAGAUAUAUCUUUACCUAUGGAAGUAUGGGAGAUGUUACUUACCCCAUACAAUGUUAAGCGAUUUGAGUUUAACAGAAGUUUUUAUGAAAUCAUUAUCAAAUAAUUACUUGCUGGUAUACAGAUUAUUUUCAUAAUGCAGUACCUUAUUGACUAACGAAUGUCCCUCUGUCUGUCUGUGUGUCAGUGUUCAACAACACCUGUGAUGAGAAUGAGUUCAUGUGUCAGAACAGACAGUGCAUCCCCAAGCACUUUGUGUGUGAUCAUGACAAAGACUGCAGUGACGGCUCUGACGAGUCCCUAGAGUGUGGUGAGUGGAUGACCCCUGACCCCUGUUGGGUAACCCCUCUUACACUCACACACUAUCAUGGUAUCAUUGUGUUAAUCCUUAAACAUUUGGAAUGCAUAUUCUAUUUUCAUGAGACACUACAUUACCAAAAGUAUGUGGACACCUGCUCGUCGAACAUCUCAUUCCAAAAUCUUUCCACUAGAUGUUGGAACAUUGCUGCGGUGACUUGUUUCCAUUCAGCCACAAGAGCAUUAGUGAGGUCGAACACUGAUGUUGGGCGAUUAGGCCUGGCUCGCAGUUGGCGUUCCAAUUCAUCCCAAAGGUGUUCGAUGGGGUUGAGGUCAGGGCUCUGUGCAGGCCAGUCAAGUUCUUCCACACCGAUCUCGACAAACCAUUUCUGUAUGGACCUCGCUUUGUGUACGGGGGAAUUGUCAUGCUGAAACAGGAAAGGGCCUUCCCCAAACUGUUGCCACAAAGUUGGAAGCACAGAAUCGUCUAGAAUGUAAUUGUAUGCUGUAGUGUUAAGAUUUCCCUUCACUGGAACUAAGGGGCCUAGCCCGAACCAUGAAAAACAGCCCCAGACAAUGAUUCCUCCUCCACCAAACUUUACAGUUGGCACUAUGCAGUCGGGCAGGUAUCGUUCUCCUGGCAUUCUCCAAACCCAGAUUUGCCAGAUGGUGAAGCAUGAUUCAUCACUCCAGAGAACGCGUUUCCACUGCUCGAGUCCAAUGGCGGCAAGCUUUACACCACUCCAGCCGACGCUGACGUUGCUUCCAGAGGCAGUUUGGAAUGGGGUAGUGAGUGUUGCAACCGAGGACAACCGAUUUGUACGCGCUUCAGCACUCGGCGGUCCCGUUCUGUGAGCUUGUGUGGCCUACCACUUCGCGGCUGAGCCAUUGUUGCUCCUAGACGUUUCCACUUCACAAUAACACCACUUACAGUUGACCAGGGCAGCUCUAGCAGGGCAGAAAUGUGAUAAACUGACUUGUUGGAAAGGUGGCAUCUUAUGACAGUGCCACGUUGAAAGUCACUGAGCUCUUCACUAAGGCCAUUCUGUCAGCAGCGGGUGUGGCUGAAAUAGCCGAAUCCACUAAUUUGAAGAGAUGUCCACAUACUUUUGUGUGUGUAUGUAUGUAUAUAUAUAUAUAUAUAUAUAUAUAUAUAUAUAUAUAUAUAUAUAUAUAUAUAUAUAUAUAUAUAUAUAUAUAUAUAUAUAUAAUAUAUAUAUAUAUAUAUAUAUAUAUAUAUAUAUAUAUAUAUAUAUAUAUAUAUAUAUAGUGUAUGUGAUAGGCCUACUAGUGACAUAACUGUAAAAAAUAAAAUGUAAUUAUACAACCAACCAAUCACCCGUCUCUCCUUCCAGAGUACCCUACGUGUGGGCCCAAUGAGUUCCGCUGUGCCAACGGCCGUUGCCUCAUCCAGAGCUCCUGGGAGUGUGACGGAGAGUUUGACUGUCACGACCGCUCUGACGAAGCCCCCAAGAACCCCCACUGCAACGGCCCAGGUUAGAGACACACACACACACACACACACACACACACACACACACACACAGAUGGUGCUAACUGUCUAUUUUCUCUGGGGCCUAAGAGAUUUCCAUCUCAGCCCACUAUUUGCAAGGAAUUUUAAGGGAUUUCAAAAAUCCCUGCUAAAUUGCUAAAUUGGAUUUAGUCCAAUGUGUGAGCGAAGUCCCCUCUUCCUUAGAUAUUCACUCUCUUUUCUCCUCUUCCUGACCCACCGUCCUCCAAUCUGUCCUCCCCUCUGUCCAAAACAGAGAAGAAAUGUAACGACACGGUGUACGCUUGCGGUAACGGGAACUGUGUCAAUGAGACGCUGCUGUGUGACCGGAAUGAUGACUGCGGUGACGGCACUGACGAGCUCAACUGCUUCAUCAAUGAGUGUCUGAACAGCAAGCUCAGCGGCUGCUCCCAGCUCUGUGAGGACCUCAAGAUAGGCUUCAAGGUAAGGAUGCACCUACACCUGGAGAGCUUCUGCUAAAUAAAUAGUUAACGGUGAUGACUGUUAAUCUGUAGUCAUUGCCAUUUUAUAUUGUCAACUACGUAACAACUAUUGUCGGAAAGGUUAACCAUUGUGUAGUAGUACACACAGCCUUACGUCUCCUCUCCUGUGUGGCCGUGCAGUGCAGAUGCCACCCUGGCUUCCGCCUGAAGGAUGAUGGGAAGACGUGCGUGGACAUAGACGAGUGUACGACUAGCUACCCCUGCACCCAGCGCUGCAUCAACACCCAUGGAUCCUUCCACUGUCUAUGUGUGGAGGGCUUCCAGCUCAGCCCCAGUGACCCCACCAUCUGCAAGUCCACCUCUGGUAAGAGCUGGUGGAGGGGGGUAUGAGGUGGUAAGACCUGGAGGGGUGGAUGGGGGUGAGAGGAGGAGUGGAGCUCUACCUACUCUGACUGUUGUAUAAAUGUGUAAGGAGGGCCUGAAGUUGAGCUUGAUGACCUUAUCUUCCAAAAAAUCCUUAUUUUGUCCAGAGGAGGAGCCCUUCCUGAUCUUUGCCAACCGUUACUACCUAAGGAAACUCAACCUGGAUGGUUCCAACUACACCCUGCUCAAACAGGUGAGACUGGAGCCUCAACACCUCAUAGGCCUACAACAGGUGGAAAUACCACAUUGCUCCAUAUAACAAUCACGCUAUGUUUGAUCACUUCUCUCCCAUUGUGUGUGUGUGUGUGUGUGUGUAUUAGGGCCUGAACAACGCGGUGGCGCUGGACUUUGACUACAGACAGCAGAUGAUCUACUGGACAGACGUGACCACUCAGGGCAGCAUGAUCCGACGCAUGCACAUCAACGGCAGCGACGUACAGGUCAGUGUGGCUCCAUUAUCUCUUUACCUCUUAGAAAUAUACAACAUUUGAUUGGUAGCAUACAUUUAGUUGCAUGUGGGGAACUGAACCGUAAUUUCUGAUUGGCUCUUUGGCAGGUCCUUCACCGCACGUCUCUUAGCAACCCUGAUGGUCUGGCUGUUGAUUGGGUGGGAGGGAACCUGUACUGGUGUGACAAGGGGCGGGACACCAUCGAGGUGUCCAAGCUGAACGGGGCCUACCGGACGGUCCUGGUCAACACCGGUCUGAGGGAACCACGCGCUGUGGCGGUCGACGUACGAAACGGGUACAAACAUAGCUAUAAAUAACAAGCAGGAAUCAUAUUCUCUUAUUUUCUCUUUGAGUGCUGCUCAAAUAUUGUAUAUAGCAUUUCAAAUGUUGAGUAUAGCAUUGAUUAUUUUACUUCAAGAGAGACUGGCAUUGAUCCUCACUUUGCUGAGAAUGUAGUGUGAUAUUAUGACCACUCACAUGGGUGUUCUGAGUGGUUCUGAAGCCUCACACUGAGCUGUGUCCCUGCCAGGUACCUGUACUGGUCCGACUGGGGUGACAACCCCCACAUAGGGAGGAUAGGGAUGGAUGGCGCCAACAGGACUGUGAUUGUAGAGGACAGGAUCACCUGGCCCAACGGCCUCACUCUGGACUUCAUCAACGACCGUAUCUACUGGGCCGACGCCAGAGAGGACUACAUAGAGUUUGCCAGCCUGGACGGGACCAACCGACACACUGGUAACGCACUCUGUCAUACAACACGCACAUUUUGAUAUGUAUUACAUUUACAUUUACGUCAUUUAGCAGACGCUCUUAUUGAUAUUACAACACACACGAUGAAACGGAAGUCGGAUACACUAUACACACCACAUACUCAUCAGUAAAUACAUCACUGUUGGCGGACUUCCUGCUUGUUUCUGACGUGUGUCUGUUUCUCUGUGUGCUUCCCCACCCUGCAGUGUUAAGCCAGGACAUCCCCCACAUCUUUGCCAUGACUCUGUUUGAGGAGUACAUCUACUGGACCGACUGGGAGACCAAGUCCAUCAACAGGUGUCACAAAACCCUGGGCACCAACAAGACCAUGCUGAUCAGCACCCUGCACCGGCCCAUGGACAUCCACAUCUACCACCCUUACCGCCAGCCAGAGGGGAUGAGUAAGUCUACUGUUACCGCCACCUAAACACCCUGUCACGUAUCGAUGUGUGCUUGCACUCCUCUCACCUGGGCCUAUUGUGUGUGAUUGGUUGACCCACAGUGGCCAACCACCCGUGUCAGACCGAUAACGGAGGAUGCAGUAACCUGUGCCUGCUGUCGCCUGGUGGGGGGUACAAGUGUGCCUGUCCUACUAACUUUUACCUGGCCAGUGAUGGGAGACGGUGUAUGUCCAACUGCACUGCCAGUCAGGUGAGUUUAGCCAACUCGUCUGUUUCAUGAUGUUGUGUCAAUAGUGUCAUUCUCUGCCUUUAUGUGCUCAGAAUUAUUCUUUCUCUCUCUCUCUUCCCCCACAAUCUCUUUCUUUCUCUUUCCCUCUUCCUCUCCAUCCUCCCUCUCUUCCUCCCUCCCUCUCUCCCUGCAGUUUGUGUGUAAGAAUGACAAGUGCAUUCCGUUCUGGUGGAAGUGUGACACAGAGGAUGAUUGUGGGGACCGGUCAGACGAGCCUACGGAAUGCCGUGAGUGACAGACAGUCCUAGUCCAUGAACACUAUCUAUCAUAGCUGCACUGUACUAAAGUCCUGGUUGACUGAUGUUGAGUUGUAUUUGGUAUACCCCUGUAGCUGAGUUCAAGUGCAGGCCCGGCCAGUUCCAGUGUGGUACAGGUAUCUGUACCAACCCAGCCUACAUCUGUGAUGGAGACAACGACUGCCAGGACAACUCUGAUGAGGCCAACUGUGACAUCCAUGUCUGUCUACCUAGUCAGUUUAAGUGUAGCCACCCCAGCCGCUGUAUACCUGGGAUCUUCCGCUGUAACGGCCAGGACAACUGUGGAGAGGGGGAGGACGAGAUGGACUGCCGUGAGUAGACUGCUUUUCCUACAGUAUUGGCUUGUAUGGAGGGGUUAAAGACAGGGAAUAUGGAGGAUAUCCUACUUCUAGUAUACUGCACCAACUUCUAGUCUUUUCAAAUCAGUGUUUUUGUGUUCUUUUCAGCCUACCAUGUUUUCUACGCACAUUGAAAUGUAUAAUUUAAUUCAUUUGAAAUGUAUGUUUACAAAGACUAGGAGAGAAAGCCAUGCAUCAUAUACGGAUAUUGGUAAGUGACGGUCUACUCUCUCCUUUCUGUCCCAUGCAGCGGAGGUGACUUGUGCCCCUAACCAGUUCCAGUGUGCCAUCACCAAGCGCUGUAUCCCCCGUGUCUGGGUGUGUGACAGGGACAACGACUGUGUGGACGGAUCUGACGAGCCUGCCAACUGCAGUAAUGAUCCACUCUACUGUCACAUCCAGCAUCUUUCUCCCUUCUCCUUGACUCCUCUCCUCUCCCCUUUCUCACCUCCCUCCCUUCUCUUUCUAUCUCCCUUCAUUUUAUUCUCUCUCUGAUCUCUAACAUCCCCCCUUCCCUCUCCCCCUCCAGCCCAGAUGACGUGUGGCGUGGAUGAGUUCCGCUGCAAGGACUCUGGUCGCUGCAUCCCGGCCCGAUGGAAGUGUGACGGAGAGGACGACUGUGGAGACGCAUCAGACGAACCCAAGGAGGAGUGUGGUGAGUGAUGGAGGGAGGAAUGAAGGGUUGGAGGUAGAGAUUGAGAUGGUGGGAUAGGAAUGGAGAGAUUGCCAAGCAUCUUUUGUGUUGUGUUUUACAUAAUUGUAUAUAUUGAAAUAUCUGUUUAUAAUUUCUACUUUGACUGUAUACUGUAUAUGUUGUGUCCUCAGAUGAGAGGACAUGUGAGCCGUACCAGUUCCGGUGUAAGAACAACCGUUGUGUCCCGGGUCGUUGGCAGUGUGACUAUGACAAUGACUGUGGCGACAACUCUGAUGAGGACAAGUGUGGUAGGUCCCCUCUGUCCUGUCCAGUCUGUGAUGCCAGGGCUAGUGCUCCUGUCUCCUGUCUCUUCUCACUAUGGGGAGAUUAGAGCUACAGAAUAUAUGUGUAUUUCAUUUGUACAUGAUGCCUUCUUUCACUGUAUGGGUUCAGCUACAUCUGUUCCCCAAACAGAUAAUUUAAUCGUUUUUUAAAGGUACAGUGGGGGAAAAAAGUAUUUAGUCAGCCACCAAUUGUGCAAGUUCUCCCACUUAAAAAGAUGAGAGAGGCCUGUAAUUUUCAUCAUAGGUACACGUCAACUAUGACAGACAAAAUGUCGCUGGGCAACACGGACUUUCAACUCCCUCCAAAGAUUUUCUAUGGGGUUGAGAUCUGGAGACUGGCUAGGCCACUCCAGGACCUUGAAAUGCUUCUUACGAAGCCACUCCUUCGUUGCCCGGGCGGUGUGUUUGGGAUCAUUGUCAUGCUGAAAGACCCAGCCACGUUUCAUCUUCAAUGCCCUUGCUGAUGGAAGGAGGUUUUCACUCAAAAUCUCACGAUACAUGGCGCCAUUCAUUCUUUCCUUUACACGGAUCAGUCGUCCUGGUCCCUUUGCAGAAAAACAGCCCCAAAGCAUGAUGUUUCCACCCCCAUGCUUCACAGUAGGUAUGGUGUUCUUUGGAUGCAACUCAGCAUUCUUUGUCCUCCAAACACGACGAGUUGAGUUUUUACCAAAAAGUUAUAUUUUGGUUUCAUCUGACCAUGUGACAUUCUCCCAAUCCUCUUCUGGAUCAUCCAAAUGCACUCUGGUGAUCAUUUUGACCCCACGGGGUGAGAUCUUGUGUGGAGCCCCAGAUCGAGGGAGAUUAUCAGUGGUCUUGUAUGUCUUCCAUUUCCUAAUAAUUGCUCCCACAGUUGAUUUCUUCAAACCAAGCUGCUUACCUAUUGCAGAUUCAGUCUUCCCAGCCUGGUGCAGGUCUACAAUUUUGUUUCUGGUGUCCUUUGACAGCUCUUUGGUCUUGGCAAUAGUGGAGUUUGGAGUGUGACUGUUUGAGGUUGUGGACAGGUGUCUUUUAUACUGAUAACAAGUUCAAACAGGUGUCAUUAAUACAGGUAACGAGUGGAGGGCUUCUCUUAAAGAAGAAGUUACAGGUCUGUGAGGGCCAGAAAUCUUGCUUGUUUGUAGGUGACCAAAUAAUUAUUUCCCACCAUAAUUUGCAAAUAAAUUCAUUAAAAAUCCUACAAUGUGAUUUUCUGUAAAAAAAAAUCUCAAUUUGUCUGUCAUAGUUGACGUGUACCUAUGAUGAAAAUUACAGGCCUCAUCUUUUUAAGUGGGAGAACUUGCACAAUUGGUGGCUGACUAAAUACUUUUUUUCCCCACUGUACACUGUUGAUUGUUUGUGUAUGUGUGUUCACUCAACUGCGCUGCACAUUCAAGAUUUUGAUUUCCAUUGCUUUGAUUUUACUUUGUGACCAUUUGCACAUCUCACAUCAUCAUGUUUAUUCUGCAUUUCACACUGGCCUGUUGACGUGGUUUAGAGGUAGGUGUCUUCACUAUCAGCACGACCACCCCAACACUCCCAACCUACCACCAAUCUACCCAAGCCCCAAGUGUCUUGUCUACAGUAACUAUCCUAUUGCCAUUAGGGGGAAAAAAUAUACACAAAACAUUUAAAAAGUAGAUUUGCUCCUUGACUCCUUCUUAAAAAGUGUGCUUACGCUAUCCAGACUAAGCUCCUUUCCAAUCCCACUAGCCCUUUUAGCCCCUCCCCCUCCUGGUGUAACAUGUGACCCAGUGUACUCCCAUUCCCCCAUCCUUUGAUAUGUCCCUCGCUACCAGUCUUUUUCUCCUAUCUUUACAGCCAUUUUACCCUCAUGACAUACAUCUGUGUCUGGAAGUUCUUAUUCUUUUCCACACCCCUAAAUCUCUCCUCCCUCUCUCCACACCUCUCCUCCCUCUCUACUCACCUCUCCUCACCUCUCCUCCCUCUCCUCCCUCUCUCCUCACCUCUCCUCCCUCUCUACUCACCUCUCCUCCCUCUCUCCUCACCUCUCCUCUCUCUCCUCACCUCUCCUCUCUCUCCCUUCAGUGCCGAGGCAGUGUUCAGAGAGUGAGUUUUCCUGUACCAACGGUCGCUGCAUCGCCGGGAGGUGGAAGUGUGAUGGAGACCAUGACUGUGCUGAUGGAUCAGACGAGGUACAGUGACACUGUUAUUAAAAAUAGAGUAAAAUGACUCGCAACAAAUUAAUGGAAAGUGAAAACUUCCUCACUGUUCUAUGCUCCCAAACAUGGAAAGUCAAUGCCAUCCCCAAUCUUACAAGUAUAUGUCCUAGCUCAUUGUCACAAUGAAUACAUCAUUAAUAGACCAGGAUUGUUAAUUUACACAUGAAUAGCAUUGUCAUUAGCGUGACAUAGUACAGUGCCUUGCAAAAGUAUUCAUCCCCCUUGGCGUUUUUCCUAUUUUGUUGCAUUACAACCUGUAAUUUAAAUGGAUUUUUAUUUGGAUUUCAUGUAAUGGACAUAAACAAAAUAGUCCAAAUUGGUGAUGUAAAAAAAAUAAAAAUAAAUAACGUGUUUAAAAAAAUUCAAAAAAAUAAAUAGCGGAAAAGUGGUGCAUGCAUAUGUAUUUACCCCCUUUUCUAUGAAGCCCCUAAAUAAGAUCUGGGUGCAACCAAUUACCUUCAGAAGUCACAUAAUUAGUUAGAUUGCACACAGGUGAAAUUUACAUGAUCUCAGUGUAUAUAUACACCUGUUCUGAAAGAGUCUGCAACACCACUAAGCAAGGGGCACCACCAAGCAAGCGGCACCAUGAAGACCAAAGAGCUCUCCAAGCAGGUCAGGGACAAAGUUGUGGAGAAGUACUGAUCAGGGUUGGGUUAUAAAAAAAUAUCAGAAACUUUGAACAUCCCACGGAGCACCAUUUUUAAAUCCAUUAUUUUAAAAAUGGAAAGAAUAUGGCACCACAACAAACCUGCCAAGAGUGGGCCGCCCACCAAAACUCACGGACCAGGCAACGAGGGCAUUAAUCAGAGAGGCAACAAAGGGACCAAAGAUAACUGGUAAGCUGCAAAGCUCCACAGCGGAGAUUGGAGUAUCUGUCCAUAGGACCACUUUAAGCCGUACACUCCACAGAGCUGGGCUUUACGGAAGAGGGGCCAGAAAAAAAGCCAUUGCUUAAAGAAAAUAAGCAAACACGUUUGGUGUUCGCCAAAAGCCAUGUGGGAGACUCCCUAAACAUAUGUCAGAAGGUACUCUGGUCAGAUGAGACUAAAAUUGAGCUGUUGGCCAUCAAGGAAAACGCUAUAUCUGGCACAAACCCAACACCUCUCAUCACCUUUCAUCGGCAGGGACUGGGAAACUGGUCAGAAUUGAAGGAAUGAUGGAUGGCGCUAAAUACAGGGAAAUUCUUGAGGGAAACCUGUUUCAGCCUUCCAGAGAUUUGAGACUGAGAGGGAGGUUCACCUUCCAGCAGGACAAUGACCAUAAGCAUACUGCUAAAGCAACACUUGAGUGGUUUAAGGGGAAACAUUUAAAUGUCUUCUCAAUCCAAUUGAGAAUCUGUGGUAUGACUUAAAGAUUGCUGUACACCAGCGGAACCCAUCCAACUUGAAGGAGCUGGAGCAGUUUUGCCUUGAAGAAUGGGCAAAAAUCCCAGUGGCUAGAUGUGCCAAGCUUAUAGAGACAUACCCCAAGAGACUUGCAGCUGUAAUUGCUGCAGAAGGUGGCACUACAAAGUAUUGACUUUUGGGGGGGGGGGGGGGGGGGGGGGUGAAUAGUUAUGCACGCUCAUGUUUUCUGUUUUUUAUUGUCUUAUUUCUUGUUAGUUUCACACAAAAAAAUUUUUUGCAUCUUCAAAGUUGUAGGCAUGUUGUGUAAAUCAAAUGAUACAAACCCCCCAAAAAUCUAAAAACAUUUAAUUCCAGAUUGUAAGGCAACAAAAUAGGAAAAAUGCCAAGGGGAGUGAAUACUUUCGCAAGCCACUGUAAGUGAUGUCCCUGUGUGUCUUCCUGCAGAAUGGCUGUGAUGUGAAGUGUGACAGUGAUCAGUUCCAGUGUAAGAACGGCCACUGUAUCCCCAUCCGCUGGCGUUGUGAUGCAGACCCUGACUGUAUGGACGGCAGUGACGAGGAGAAGUGUGACAGCGGAGGUGAGUUUUACACACGUCUUGUACUGUACGCAUACUGUUCAUUAAGUACAAGUUGUGAGCAUCUAUUUCAUAGAGAAAAGUAACUCUCUCUCUCUCACUCACUCAGUGGGUAGACACUGCCCCCUGGAUGAGUUCCAGUGUAACAACACUCUGUGUAAGCCCCUGGCCUGGAAGUGUGACGGCGAGGACGACUGUGGAGACAACUCUGAUGAGAACCCAGAGGAGUGCAGUGAGUCCCCAUGACAUCAAUAACACUGUCCCUGAGGAUCAUUCAACACCUACCUCACACCUGUCAUCUCUUCUCUUCUAUCCAUCCCUCAGAUAAAUUCCAGUGCCCACCCAGAAGGCAGUUCCGCUGCCACAACGACCGUGUCUGCCUGCCGAUAGCCAGGCGCUGUGACGGUGUUGAUAACUGCGGGGACAACAGUGAUGAGCUCAACUGCCGUGAGUUGCUAGUAGUAGAGAGUUAUGGAGUGGACUUUUACAAUAGAGUUACUGAGUUGAAUGGAUGGUUAUGGAGUUGAAAUAAUGAUGCCGCCUCCCUGUUUUCCUCCAGAGAUGACUCCUACCACGCCAGUCUGUGAGAAGGAUGAGUUCCAGUGCUCAAACGGCCGCUGCAUCAGUUCCAACCUGCGCUGUGACUACUUUAACAACUGUGAGGACUACGGCUCUGACGAGAUCGGCUGCAACAAGAAGGGUGUGUGUUACAUCUUGGCAUGCAAGAGUAGUGUGUGUGUGUCUGUCUGUCUGUUUGUCUGUAUGUAUGAACAUGUUAUUGUCUGUAAGUUUGACUAUGUCCUAUCUGGUUCUUUGCAGACUCUUCCCUGAAUGACUGCCGCAAUAACAGAACAGUGUGUGGUGACGGUGAUGAGGCCCACUGUGUGGUGAAUGGCACUGAUGCCUUCUGCUCCUGCAAACCUGGCUUCAAGACCACAGGCAACAACAGAUGUGAAGGUACAGUGCAGCACCACAUCACUGGUUCAAAUACACUCUAUAUGUUACUGUUAUGACUAAAUGUCAGGUGUAGUCUAGUGAUUUAUAACCCAAAUCCUUUUGCUUUGGGGUGUUGUUCACAGAUAAGAAUGAAUGUAGGCAGUUUGGAGUGUGUUCCCACAUCUGCAACAACACCAAGGGCUCCCACAAGUGCAGCUGCCACAGGUACUUCACCAGGAUCAACGACACCUGCAAGGUUGACAGUGAGUACUGCUCAGUUCAGCAAUACCAGUGGAUCAGUUACAGUUACUGCUUCUCUAUGUCUUUAGAAACCUGUCUGAAUUUGUCUCUGUUUGUGACCGAGGCUAAAACAUUCAAUGUGUGUGUGUGUUACAUUUUAUUAGAUAUCAGUUAGUGUAUGAGUGUGCUAAAUAGCUCUUAGCUACGCAAGAAAAGAGUCUUAUAACCAUAAGUCAGGGGAUGUCCUAACUCAGGUUGUGACCUCACUUCCUCUGUCCUCCCAGAUUUGAGACAGGUGCUCUACAUCGCCGACGACAACGAGAUCCGCAGCCUGGACCCUGGCAUGCCCAACUGGCUCUAUGAGCAGACCUUCCAGGGCGAUGCCAACGUGCGCAUUGAUGCCAUGGACCUGCACGUCAAGUCCAACCGCAUCUACUGGACCAACUGGCACACGGGCAGAAUCUCUUCCUACGAGUUGCCAUCCUCAUCUUCCUCACCUAACAGUAACAACAACCGCCACCGCCGCCAGAGCGACUCCCGCGUCACCAACCUGGAGGUGUGUGUCUGUGUCUUGUCCGUGCUCAGAUAGUCUUGACUGCUCAUGUCAUGACCUUUGCCCUUUCACACAAACAAUGAUUUAACUGGUAUUGUCCUCCCCGUUCUCCCCCUCUCCCUGUGUUCAGAUCCCCGGUCUGAAGAUGCCCCGUGGCAUCGCCGUGGACUGGGUGGCAGGGAACAUCUACUGGACAGACUCUGGUCGAGACGUGAUCGAGGUGGCCCAGAUAUCAGGCCAACACCGCAAAACCCUCAUCUCCGGCAUGAUCGACGAGCCCUACGCCAUCGUAGUGGACCCCCAGAGAGGGUGAGUCUGCCUUGGGAGAGAAGGAUAGUGGGGGUGGGAGAGUAGUCUGGACUAGUGUGGAAAUAUAUGGGUCUGGAAGAGAAUUCCUAAGCCCUCAAACAGAUCCUUAUUUGCGCACACUUUUUUUUUGUAACCUUUAUUUAACUAGGCAAGUCAGUUAAGAACAAAUUCUUAUUUACAAUGACGGCCUACCCCGGCCAAACCCGGACGACGCUGGGCCAAUUGUGCACCGCCCUUUGGCGGCACAUACUGCUUUCUGAUACUGUAUUUAAAUGAUAAGACUAACGAUAGAAAGAUGGUGCGCUAGACCAGUGACAAAUCAACUGGACAUCCAGUAGAUAUGGUGAAACACACCUAAUGUUCCCGCAUUACUAUGUGAUGGUUCAUGUAACUGGUUGUUGAUGCUGUGUAUCCAUUAGGACCAUGUACUGGGCUGACUGGGGAAACCACCCCAAGAUUGAGACUGCUGCCAUGGACGGAACCAUGAGAGAGACACUGGUACAGGACAACAUCCAGUGGCCCACAGGUAACAUACACACACAAACAAACAAACAAACAAACAAACAAACAAACAAACAAACAAACCACAAACAUUUUAUAGACUGAAUGACAGGUCGAUUUCUCCACAAAUUGAAGGAUGUGUUGUAAAGAGCUUUGUUUCACUCAAUAAGCUUAGCCUCAAACUGACAUGUCUCAUUGACUUCUCUCUCUCUCUCUCUCUCUGCUUAUCUCUCUCUCUUCCUCUUUCUCCCUCCCUCCUUCUCUCUCCCUCCCUCCCCCCUCUCUCUCCAGGCCUGGCGGUAGACUACUUUAACGAGCGUCUGUACUGGGCCGAUGCUAAGCUGUCAGUGAUUGGCAGUGUGAGGCUGAAUGGCAGCGACCCGGUGGUGGCUGUGACCAGCAUUAAGAACAGUUGAGUGACCUGCACGGGUCUGGGUUUAAAGACCUGGGCUGACAUUGCUAAGCCACAGAAUCAUGUUUUGGUUAGAGAUACUGUAUGUGGGCCCAUUUUUAGAUGUGGAAUCUUCUCAUGACACUAGGACUGUCAAGAAUGUGUGCAUUAAAUUGGAGCAUGCUGAUAUAUAUGAAAAAGUAUGUAUUUUAGAAUAGCCUAUAGUAUAUCAGCGGUAAAGAGUUGGUCUGAGCUGUGUUCUGUCUUGUUUGUUCCAGAGCUCCACCACCCAUUCAGUAUUGACGUGUUUGAGGACUACAUCUAUGGCGUCACCUAUAUCAACAACUUUGUGUUCCGG